AUGAUAUUUUCCUCCUCUUGUGGUAGGGUGUCGUUCAAUCCCACCAGGGACAUACCUACUCUGACCGGAAAGGUCAUUCUCGUCACGGGUGGCAACAGCGGUCUCGGGAAGCAAUCCAUCCUGGAGCUGUCAAAACACGGACCGUCUCAGAUAUGGCUUGCAGCACGAAGCGCGGAUAAAGCAAAUGAAGCGGUUGCCGAGAUAAAGAAGGAAGUCGUGGAUGUCUCAAUUAAGGCUCUACAGCUCGAUCUAGCGUCAUUGAGCUCUGUACGGAAUGCGGCCAAUGUAUUUUGUCAAGAGUCGGGUCGUCUCGAUAUCCUUCUCUUGAAUGCUGGCAUUAUGGCUCACCCCGCGGCUCUUACUGAAGACGGCUACGAGAUUCAAUUUGGUACAAAUCACGUCGGGCACGCGCUGCUCACCAAAUUACUCAUGCCAGUCUUACUACGUACGGCUCAGGAACAGCCAGAUUCUGACGUCCGUGUGGUGGUGCUCAGCUCUGGGGGUCACGCUUACGCCCCGGUCGGUGGCAUCCAAUUUGAUACGCUGAAGUCUAAAGCAGAGAACAUGGCUGGGCUCACUCGGUAUGGCCAGAGCAAAUUGGCAGGCAUCUUAUUUGCACAGGAGCUGGCCCGACGAUAUCCUCAGUUCACGGCGGUGUCGGUACAUCCGGGCCUUGUCAACACAAACCUGGCCAACAAAAUGGAGAGAGAGAACCUCUUGUUGGGAAUCGUGUCGAAAGCGGUGAUACCAAUAGCCGGAUCGAAUGCCAAGGAAGGAGCUAGAAAUCAGCUUUGGGCGGCUACAGCAAGUGGCGUGGAGUCUGGAGAGUAUUAUGAACCUGUUGGAGUGGCUGGGAAAGGAAGCAAGUACACUAAGGAUCAUGAGCUUGCGAAGCGGCUGUGGGAGUGGACGGAGAAUGAAUUGAAGGAGUAUGAAGUGUAA